GAGUUUUGAGAAGUCACCUCCCACGAGUGACACGAUUGGUCUCUAUUUCUUUCCUGUGGGUGAGAGAGAUGAGAAAUGGUACGAUUAUCUACUCGAAAAGAUGAUUGAGGGUGAUUUUAUGAUGAUAUCUCGCAUCAAUAAUUUGGAGCUUUUGGUUUUUUGCUCACUACAACUACCUCGAGAAGAAAGGAGAUAUCAAAGUAAAUAUUAUCUAUGGGGUGUCUUUAAGCCAAGGCAAGAAACUUCCUUGACAAGCCAGGCGCCUGGUAUCCAUAUCAGUGACACCAUAAACAACAGAAUGGAUUUAGGGGUAACAGGCACUAUUAGGAAUCCAGCGAACCCUCCAAGCGUCAUAGAUAAUCACUCUGUCACUGUUACAUCAGAUUCUCAUGAUCAUCUUAAAGCUGGGGACGGCUUGGUUGAAUUGAGGCCAAGUAUCAUCUUGAAGCAUCCUAAGCCAGCUUAUAACAAGCAAGGUUACAGUAGCUCGAUGGAAUCAAGCGACAUUGAUGGUCUGGUGAGGAGAGAUGAUCAUCAAUUUCCCACCAAAUUCCAUAACCUUCAAAGCCAUCCACAUCGUAUUGAAGCUUCUAAAUAUUCGUAUAAUAAAAAAGGUUCUAACUUACAUGAAAACAGACGCAAAAUUAGAGAUGGCAAGCCUAUGAAAAUCGUGAAGGAUGUUCCGUAUGGAGAAUUGAGUUGCUCAAGUAGUUCAUAAAGGUCUGCUAUGUUAUUAGUCCUGGACAUUUUUAAAAAGUAUACAAUUUGCUGAUCUCCUGAUUUUUAGCAUGAAGAUGUUCCCUGCUUCGACUUGUUUGGAUUCAUGGGAUGGCAAACUUGUUUGCGCAAUUUUGAACGAAUGCAAUUCUGUAGACUGUAGAGGAUGUAUAGCAUCAGGAUAUAGGAAUUGUCUCUUCCAUAUUUCAUAAAAUUGCAUUCGGCAAACUUAGUUGUAGACAUGUAGUAGUUAGGGAGUGUGCAACUGUGCACAAUCUUUGUCUAGACUACUAGUAUUUGACUAGUUGUUAGUUGUUACUCUGGUUGUAGUAGUCCUCAGUUGUUUGUGCUAGUUGUUGGCUAUUUAUUUAGUUGUCCGAUGUAGAUGUUCAAAGUGUUGAAAUGAGAAAGUUACUUUACAGGCAAA